UAGCGCAGAUUAUAGAUAAAUAAAUAGAUAAAGAUAGACUAGACAGACAGACAGACUUACAGACAGAUAGAAUAACAUUAGCAUAGAUAGCUAGCAGCUAGAUAGAUUUAUAGAUAUAAAUAUAAAGUAAGUGAGGUAGAUUGACAAUGGUGAACUACUGUGUUUGUGCUGGGUGUAAAAACUCCACCCAAACGGGACACCGGGUCCAUGGCUUCCCUAUGAAGGACAAGGCAACGCUCAGACAGUGGGUACAAUUUGUUCGUGUUAGGCGGGCAAACUUUUCAAUGACCUCCGUCACCAAAAACUCAAAGAUCUGCAGCGCGCAUUUCAGGGAGGAGGAUUACGACGAAGGGGAUGUCAGGAUGGUUUCUCUUGGGCUGAAGAAGCUGAGGCAGGUACAGCUUAUUCCGACCGCCGUGCCGUCUGUGCAUACACACCUCUCUGCCUGCCCCGCCCCAAGACCGAGAAGCACUAACAUCGGUGUCGCCCGCCGCAAGCGAGAGCUGGCUACGAUGUUGACAGAUGGCUCGACGCAGGAGACUGCGGACAGUGUCGGUGGUACGAUAGACGACCCCUUGCCCACCUCCUCCACUUGUGCCACAGAAACACAAUGCAAUUUGAAGCCCUCUGGAAUGUCUCACGCUGUGCAGGUGAACCUAAAGCCCAAGAUGGUCAGUGUGGGGACUCAAACGGCUUUCAGGAUGCAGACAUCCACACCCCUCACUAGUCCUGAACAAAGUGAUGACGAAGAGGAUCCCUCUGUCAUCAUCAGUGAUGCAUCAUGGGUGCCAGAAGACCAGAUGUCUGAUGAGGAUGAGGAGGAAUUGUGUGAGGAGGAGCCAUCUGAAACUUGUCACCCCCACCAAAAUGGCAUUGAUAAAUUCAUUGUUUGUAAAGCGGAACUCAUGGCCCUGUUUUCCAUCUGCCCGGCCUGUUGUGAGAAGUGUGACAGUGCAAUCGUGCAGCAGGGAGGAACAUUCAUCAAAAUAGAGCAGGUCUGUGCAUCAUGUGGUUACCAGCGUUUCUGGCAAAACCAGCCAAUCCUACACAGGAAUAUGCCAGCCUGCAACCUUCUUUUAAGUGGGGCCAUUCAUUUUAGUGGAUGUUUGGCCUCCCAGACAUUACGAAUGAUGACCCUGUUUGGCCUUCAGUGCAUCAGCGUGAGCACCUUCUUUCGACAUCAGCGCCAUUACACGAUCCCUGUCAUCAUUCAGGCCUGGCAGAACGAUCAGGCCAAGACUUUGAGCGACCUCAGGGCAAUGGAUGGAGGCCUAGUUGUUGCUGGUGACUGCAGGUCAGAUUCACCAGGGCACUCUGCAAAGUAUGGCUCAUACUCACUGAUAGAGGAGAGAGUGAACAAGGUGGUGGAUGUCCAACUUGUUCAGAGCUCAGAGGUCCCCAACAGCUCUUGGUGUGAGCUGGAGGGGCUCAAGCGCAGCAUCAACUUGCUGAGGAGGCAGGACCUGCAUGUGUCAACCCUUGUCACAGACCGACAUCGGCAGGUUGCCAAAUGGGUGAGAGAAGAGCUGUGCCCUGAGGGAACACGGCAUUAUUUUGAUGUGUGGCAUGUUGGGAAAAGUCUGGGGAAGGCCUUGGAUACAGCCUCAAAAGACAGACAUUGUGACCAGCUACAGUUGUGGAGGCCAGCUAUAGUAAACCACCUUUACUGGACUGCAGCCUCAACCCCAGAUGGCAACCCAGCUGUGAUGGAGGCCAAAUGGAGAAGCUUGGUCAAUCAUAUCCAGGACAUCCACAACCAUGAUACCCCUGCCUUUUCCAGUUGCGCUCAUCCCCCUCUAGAGGGGGAACAACGUAAUAAAGAGUGGCUGGAACCAGGCUCAAUGGGAGCAAUAAAACUGGAAAGCAUUGUCACAAAGACUUCCUUACUGAAGGAUGUGAAACAGCUGUCUCCACAGCACCAGACUUUCUCCCUUGAAGCCUUCCACUCCCUCAUCCUACACUUCGCACCCAAGCACACUGGAUUUUCAUACCUGGGCAUGUAUAGCAGGCUUCUCUUAGCGUCACUACAUUAUAACUUCAAUGCAAUCAGAGAGACAGCACGAAGAAGUGAUGGAACGGAGAAGUUUUGCGUGAGCUACCCACGGUUUAGAAAAGGUGCCUAUGUAGUGCGUCCCAUCAAAGAGAAGGCGUCAUAUGGUAAUCCGUGUCAUGCAGUUUUAUCAUAUUUUGACAUAGCGAAUGAGACUGAUCAGAGACAGCAAUCUUUAUAGAGUAUAUUAUCAUCAUUAUUAUGUCUGCAGGUUAUGCAACAUCAUUAAUCGAGGCCCUUCGGGAGAGCUACAUACAAUCACCAAAGGCUCUUCAAGAGGUUAGCGCCAAUCUGUCAGCCUGUGCACCCGCCCCCAUCGCCAAAUCAUUUGAACAAAUUCCUAAGGAGGAGGCCAUCAGCCUCUAUCUAGACCAGCAGUCACGCUACAACAAAUCUAAUUAACUUUUUUUUCACCAGACAGGUCCAAUCACUUACUUGUAAGUAUUUAUUAUACAUGUAUUUGUGUGUGUGACAGAGAGCAAACCAUCAGCUGACCCGCAGGUAAGACCACACUCUUGCAAGGUAAUUUUAUGUAGAUUUUUCAUGCCUUACUCUUGACUCUUUUCAGAUGUGUUUAUGUUAUCAGGACCUCCAA